UGUGAACAGUCUACACAUUCAGCCUCUCGAGUAGGUUAACAAAGUGAUUAAAACGGCAAGUGGAAAGUUGCGUUAUAGUAAAAGCAAGGCUUUUUAAAUAUAUAAACAAUAUUAAAGAAACAAAAAGUCACACGAUUAAAGACUGGAAGUAAAUCAUUGAAAUAGUUAUAAAAUAGUUGAAGAUCAAAACUAGUAGUGGAUAGAGAGGUCGAGGGCAACCUGUUAAUACGUCAUAAUAACGGAUUAUCACAUAUUUGUGGGAUUCUGAGGAUCGCUUUGAUCUUACUGGCACGAUGCAGUUGAUGAAAUCUUGUUGCUGUUGCUGCACCUUGAAGAUAGGAACUUACCUGUGUGCGGCAUAUACCUUGCUUCUCAGCACAAUAUCAUUUGUUUUCAUCGGGCUGACGUCAUUGCAACUCUACAAAGAUGACGUCAAGAUAGAUGGUCCAGAACGCAACACGUACAUAAAGCUGAUCGUCGCCACGGUUGUAUUCACGCUUUGGAUGCUCUUCGCCAUCUUGCUAGUCGUGGGGUGUAUCAAGAAAAGUAAAAACUUCCUGUUGCCGUGGGUGAUCUGGACAAUCCUAAUAGAGAUCUUCUGUAUAUAUGAGUUCGUCUCCUACCUUAUCAUUGUCAUAUUUGGAGAUUCUAGUACUGUUGAAUUCGGAAACGCAGUUUAUGUCUAUAUGGCCUCAUCAAUCGUCAUCAUAGUUAUGAAUAUUUAUGCCAUUCUUUGCGCCAUCUCUUACUAUUUGGAACUGAAGCAGUACUGGUAGACAAAAUGGACGACAUGUUAUCACGUGAUCACAAGUCUCGUUGCAACGAGAUUCUAGUCAUUAUCAUCAUUGUACAUAAUAUUCAGCACUUCUUGCAAUAUUUUCAUUUAUCGACACACAUCAUUUGCUUGGAAAUAUAUAACUUUAAUUUAAUACGAAUUAUUCUCUAGUCUAAUCCAUUGGUAGAUUCAUUGAUUGGUGACAUGAAAUCAUUUACCACAUACGUUUAAAUCAGUCAAACUAGGGACUAAGAUGGAUGAACCCACUGGACGGAUUCCAAGUCAACAAGUAAAUGUCAACACUUAAUCAGUAGAGUCAAAAGAAGUCUAUCACAUGACAUUCAAAAUGGCGGAAACAGUAAAUU